AUGGAAAAGGGAUUUUGGGAGGAUAUUGAUCCUGUCACAAGCAUAACAGCCUCUGACACAAUUGAAUUCCUUUGCGCAGCAAACUCCGGAGUUUAUAUCGAUUUAGCAAACAGUUACCUACACAUUAAAGCAAAGAUUACUAUGCCAGACGGUGCAAAUGUUGCUCAAGAUGUCCAGGUCGGUCCUGUGAACCUAUGGAUGCAUGCACUGUUCUCACAAGUAGAAGUGUUCCUAAACAACAAAUUGGUAACACCGUCCAGUACGGCCUAUCCUUACCGAGCUUAUAUGGAAACUAUCCUGAACUUUAGCAAGGAUGCCAAGGAUUCUCAUCUCACGUCUGCUUUAUUUUACAAAGAUAGUGCGGGAAAAAUGGACAAUGUUAACCCGCUUGCGCGACAAGCAGAUGUGAAUACAGGUCUAAAAGAACGUCAUACACAUACUCGUGGGAGUAGAUCUGUUGCUAUGGAAGGGAGACUACAUUCGGAUCUAUUCGCACAAGAGUGCUAUAUUCUCGGGGCUGUUCCAAUAAAGAUUAAACUGGUUAGAUCACGAAACCCAUUUUGUCUAGUCUCAUCUGCUGAGGACCCAGGUUUCAAAGUAGUUAUUGAAGAAUGUGUAUUUCGCGUGCGACGCGUCAACGUAUCGCCAAGUGUAAUAAUAAACCAUUCCCAAGCCCUACAGCAUACGACGGCCAAAUAUCCGAUCAAUCGCGUCGAAUGUAAAGUUGUCACUGCCCCCCGAGGAAACAUGUCGGGAAAUCAACCCAAUAUAUUUCAAGGUAUUCUAUCAAAUUGUGUCGUUAUUGGUAUGGUCGAUGCAGAUGCGUUCAAUGGUAGCUAUGCAAAGAAUCCGUUCAACUUCAAGAACUACGACAUCACAAAUUUUGGGCUGAAUGUAAACGGUGAAAAUCUACCUGGAAAACCAUUUCAACUAAAAUUUGCGAGUGCAAGAGGAAGUAACUACAUUUCAGCGUUCCAAACACUGUACGCUGGGACACAUAAAAUGUUUGAAAAUCAGGGCAAUGGUAUAACUCGUGAAGAAUAUGCAGACAGUUUUACACUGUGUGUUCGAUCUCACUUCAGACCUGUGCCUUGGUGA